AUGGCGGCGGUGCUCGACUCCUUCGUCAAGCGAUGCAUAGAGUCACUGGAAAACUUCGCCGGCCAGGAGGCCUGCGCUGCCCUCGGCAUCGGGGACGACGUCAGGGGCCUCCUGGCCACGCUGUCGCGCAUCGACGCCAUCAUCUCCCAUGAGGAGCGGAGGAGGGUCCUUAGCGCCAAAGCUGAUGCGUGGGUGGUGCAGGUGAAAGACGCCAUGUAUGAGAUUGACGACGUCAUCGAUGUCUGCAUGAUCGAGGGUGCAAAGAUCCUCGCUGAUGACCGCCCACCCACGCCAAAGGUCCGAUGCUUCUCCUGCUUCAAGCCUUCAGGGCCUCGGAAGUUCCGCCAUGAGAUCGGCUUCACCAUUAGGGACAUUGAUCUCAGGCUCAGGGAGGUAGAGGAGGAAAUGCCUAGGCUUCCUGCUGGAUCAGUUCACUCUGAUGCAAAAAGGGACUCGUUCAGCCAUAAUGUCUGUAAGAACUGUUCUGACGCCAUGAAGCCCCAAGCAGUUGGGUCGCAGGUCCAGAAGGCUGUGGGUGGCCUUGUGCCAAGGAUGCUUAGAGAGGGCAAGAAGAAGGUGGAUGUGUUCGCCAUCGUUGGUGCGGUGGGGAUUGGCAAGACUAUGCUUGCUACGGAGAUCUACAAUGAUGACAGGGUGACUGAAAAUUUCCCCAUUUGUGUGUGGGUCGACAUGUCCAAGGAUUUAUCGGAACUAGAUUUCCUCAAAAUGAUCAUCAGGGGUGCUGGUGCCAAUGUUGGGGAUACAGAAAACAAGGAGGAACUCCUCAUCCUCCUCGGUUCUGCCCUUUCAAAAAGGUUUCUCCUUGUCCUGGAUGACUUGGACAGCCCGAGCAUAUGGGACAAUCUGCUCAAAGAUCUGUUGGGAGAUGGUGUCGCCAGAGGAAGAAUACUGAUCACAACUCGGAAUGAGGAAGUGGCGGCAAGCAUGAAGGCAACUAUCCACCGUGUUGACAAAAUGGACCCCGAGAAUGCCUGGGCAUUAUUGUGCAAACAAGUUGAUCCAGAAUGCAAUUUGGAAGAGCUUGCAACAUUAAAGGAUGUUGGGAUUAAGAUCGCAGAGAAAUGUGAUGGCCAUCCUCUAGCAAUCAAGGUCAUUGCAGGUGUCCUAAGGUCAAGAGGCAACAGCAAGGCUGAAUGGGAGAUGGUUCUGAAUCAUGAUUCUUGGUUCAUUAGCCCGGUCCUUCCAGAAGUACCACAAGCUGUGUAUUCAGCAGAAAUUGAACACCUCAUUGUCAAAGCCCCGCAUCUCACAUUGUGUAACAUUGAAAACAGCUUGGGCGGUCCGAUUUCACUGAAGCAGCAGAUGAGCUUAAGGUCACUGAUGCUCUUCAAAAGCCCAACUGUCAGAGCAAUUGAUCCUCUCAUCGAGUCAGCUUCAUGCUUGCGUGUAUUAGAUUUGAGCAAUACAGCAGUGGAGGCCCUCCCGAAAUCCAUUGGCAACUUGGUACAUUUAAGGUACCUCAAUCUUGAUGGAACUCAGGUCAGAGACAUACCUUCUUCCAUUGGAUUUCUCAUAAACUUGCAGACCUUGAGCCUUCAAGGUUGCCAAAGCUUACAGAGACUUCCUUGGUCCAUCAGGGCAUUGCUAGAGCUUAGAUGCCUUUGUCUCGAGGGAACUUCCCUAAGCUAUGUACCAAAGGGUGUUGGUGAAUUGAAGCAUCUCAAUCAUCUGGAUGGUCUAAUCAUCGGUCAUGAUAACAAUGCUCCUGAGGGUUGUGACUUAGAUGACCUUAAAGCUUUGUCAGAACUAAGGCACCUUCAUGUAGAGAGUUUGGACAGGGCUAUUUCUGGUGCUGCUGCACUCGCAAACAAGUCAUUCCUAAAGGACCUGUACCUCUCUGAGCAAGCCCCAGCAAUAGAAAACCAGGAGAGUCUGGAGGAAGAAGAUGAAACAGAAAAAGAAGAGAAGGAAGAGCAGGAAGGAAGCAAUGACCAAUGCAGGGGAGAUGAAUCAGCCAAAGCUAGUGAAAAGAUAUGGGAUGAGCUCACCCCACCCAUUAGCAUCGAGAAGCUGGUAAUCAAGAACUACAAAGGUGUAAAGUUUCCGAAUUGGAUAAGAGGUCCCAAGCUAGGAGCCUCCUUCCCCAGCCUUGUGUUUUUGGAUCUUGAAAACUGCAUGGCAUGCACUAAACUGCCUUCACUUGGCCUCCUGAGUCAACUCCAGUCCCUGCAAAUCUCAAAUGCGGACUCAGUCAUCACCAUUGGUUCAGAAUUCCUUGGGACCACUGUACUUUCACCAGCCACUUCAUUUCCCAAGCUUGAGGUUUUAAAGCUCAGAAACAUGAAGAAACUUGAAGAGUGGUAUUUAACUGUGGAGGAGAACCAGGUACUGUUUCCUUGUUUGAAGUCACUGCAGAUACAGUGGUGCCCUAAACUGAAAGCUCUACCAGAAGGCCUGAAGCAUGUAGCGCUGUGUGAACUUCAUGUGGAGGGUGCACAUAGCCUAACUGAAAUCAAGGACCUGCCAAAACUAUCUGAUGAGCUCCAUCUCAAAGAUAACAAGGUGCUCCAGAGGAUCUCCAACCUGCCCAUGCUUCAUUCCCUCAUUAUUGAUGACUGCUCAAAGCUGAAGCAUGUGGCAGGUCUUGAUGCGCUGCAGCGCCUCAGACUUGUGUUUCCUCCGUCCACCGAGACAUUUUAUUUCGAAGAGCUAAUAAUUUUCUGGAGCAUUGCCUUCCCACGGUGGCUGGAGCUACUGAUUCAAAAGUGCAAAGGCCUGAGACGGUUCGAGUUGCAGUGCGGUCUGUCAUUGCUCAGGAGCUGCCUCAACAGUGGCAAGAACUGGCACCUCGUGCAGCAGGUCCCUGAGGUGCGCAUCAUAAGCUGUGAUGGCAAGAGGUAUUUUCGGUAUAACAAGAGUCGUCGCAUUUACGAAACUAAUGCACAGUCAGAAGAAUGA